AAGCGGGGAACUGGGGAAACGAGGAAGAAACAAGAAACUAGAAAACUAAACAAGAAAUAAACACGAAGCAAGAACUAGGGCUAUGAAACACAGAAUAAACCACGAAGCACAGAGAGAGAUGAAACAACAGAGGAAGGUGCAAAGACCGACGAAGGACAAGAGACAAAGGAAGGCUUUAUAGCACACAAGGGAAGUGGAAACACCUGGGGCUAGGGGGCGGAGCUACAAAUUGACACAGGUGGAAAAGUACUGAAACAGAACACAGGGGCACAGGUCACGUGGGACACACAGAGAGACAUGAGACAGGGCUAAGACGUGACACUGCUGGUUAACUAGUUAACUUUUGGGUAUCAUAUGUCUUCAGAAAGGGGGCAGGUGGUGCAUCAAUUAAUUAUUAUUGUCAAACCUGUAAUUCUUCUGUAAUGGAGAGCUGACAUUAGCUUUUAUUAACUUUUAUUAACUUGUAUUUUAUUUUUCCAUUCCACCUUAAAUGCAGUGGUGCUGCCAUCUGUUGGACCAUUUAAGGUGGAACAGGAAAGUUAGCUAGAAAGCUACUGAGAGGAACUACUAGCAAUUUUUUUAUGCUUGUUAUGAAGAAAAUGGGCAUUAAAUAUAUUGAAACUACAAAUUAAGCUAAUAUAGUGUUAUAGUGUUAACAAGGAAAAUUCUCAAAUAUCUGGGUUUGGUUAUUUGUGCCACCAUCUUUCCUACUCCUCCAGCCUAACAAGAAUCGGGACACACUUACCCCUUGGUGUUCACACGCAAAACAGAGGUGUAGAGCUAUAUGGUUUAUCCUAGGGCUGAAAUGUGAUUGGCCUUUGAGUACGUGUUCUUGUCUCUGUAGGCUGAAUAACUGCAGUAUAACAGAGGAAGGAUGUAUUGCCCUGGUUUCAGCUCUGAAAUCAAACCCCUCACACCUGAAAUGUUUGGAUAUGGGGAGGAAUCAACCUGGAGAAUCGGGAGUGAAGCUGCUCGCUGAUCUUUUGAAGGAUAAAGAGUGUAAUGUGGAGAUACUCAAGCUGUUUGACUGCAGUAUUGCAGAGAAUGGGUGUGUUUCUCUGCUUUCGGCUUUAAAGUUGAACCCUUCACACCUGAGAGAACUGGAUCUGGGCUGGAAUAAACCUGGAGAAGCUGGAGUGAAGAUGCUCAGUAAUUUUUUGGAGGAUUCAAAUUGUAAACUUGAGAUACUCAAGUUGCAUGACACCAACAUUACAGACGAGGGCUAUGUUGCUCUGGCUUCAGCUCUCAUAUCAAACCCCUUACACCUGAGAGAGCUUGAUCUGAGCUGGAAUGAACCAGGAAAAAUAGGAGUGGACCUCCUUUCUUCCUUAGUGGAGGACAAAAACUCUGCAUUAAAGAAACUGGAAAUCUGUGAUUUGAGCCUCAAGUUCAGUUGAGAUGACAUCUAAUAGAAGACACAAAUACACCAUUUUAGCUAUCCAUCAAUGUGCAUUGUUGAUGUCUAUAUUCUGUUUACAAUAAAGGAGUUAUGGAGGAUAUGGCAGGAGAUUUCUUAAGCUGGCUGGUCUAGGUUGACUACAGAAAAUGCAUUUUGAAAUGUUGAUAU